GUGCAGAUGACUUGCGGAUGCGCUGCAUUCCAAAAUUCACCUUUUUGUCGUGUCUGGGCGCUCAAUCUCCUGGCGCCACUUCAGCGACCUCGGCUCCAUGAUGAUGCAUGUGAAGAAAGCCGAGGUCGAAGGAGCCAAUCGAAGGCGGCCGUUCAGACUUCAGGGUUCCGGCAAUCAUCAUUCAUAUCCGAGGAGCGCGUAUUGCCGCCAGAUCUCUUGACCGCGCUAGGGUGGUUGACAGAGCCUCGGCAGCACAAUUUGCUAAUAGAAGUUCAGCUGCAAGAUUCCGUACAAUGCUGCCGUUAUCACACACUUUGCUUUAGCAUUUGCAAGCUGCCCCGAUCAGUUUUGCAAUGGAUGAUCAAGAUUGGCCGUUCUGGUCUGAUUCAAAUGGCGAAAUUGACCGGUUCUCCUGGAUGAGAAGUGAGAAUGUGGGGUUGAGAAUCUGCUGGAGAGGUGCGAAAAGGAAAGGAGCUCCAAACUUCAAAGCCACUUUUCAUAUUCAUUUCACGUUUCCCAACAACCACUUCUACCACGCCCAAUCCCACAUUCUCCAUUUGCAAACCAGGUCGAAGCUCCACAUUCAGAAGCUUCCCAAUCAGUCCCUUCCCUACCCCUCCCCCACAUUGCCACCAUGGCAAUCCCCCGCUGCAUGUUCCUCGCCACUUUACUUCUUUUGACAGCAGGAGCCAAUGCGCGCCAGCUCCUGCAAGAGUCCAACGAUGGUGGUGUGACUGCAUCCCUAUGGGAUGAGACACCCCCAACGGACGGUCAGGAUCGUAGAUCAACGCUUGGCUUUGGGCAGAGCACUCCCGUGUCUGUCACAUUCUACAACACCCCAGGGACGAUGGACUGCGCAGAUGCCUUGGGGCAAUGUGGCUAUGGGAGUGACGUCGGGGGGCCUGCUAUGGACGGCAAUGGCGGCAAGUUCGUUGCCAACUCUCUGUACCCCCUCCACGCCGCGUCCGGCAACUUCGCCUACCUCGGCGGCUGUGGCGCGUGCGGCAUCCUCUCCGGGAACGGCGUCAGCAAGGGUUACGUCAUCACUGACGUCACCGACCACCUUGACUCCCUGGACCGCUCGUCGGGAUCCGGCCCCCCCCAGGGCUCGCACAUCGACAUCUGUUUGAAGGAGUUCCAAGAAUACGUACCAGGGACGGAUGGGAAUCACGGGGGGAUCUUCACUGGAUCUUGGACCAGAGUUGACUGCUCCACAAUGGGCGCACCCAACUACCCCUCCCACGACCUCACUGUACGUUACCAGGCCUACAACGGCAACGCCAAGGCCGUCGUCGUGUCACGUGCCCCCGGCGCUGGCGUCAUCACUGGCGUCACAUUCGUUACGGCUGCCGACAACAACGGCGGGAACUCUGGAAACGGUUCCCCGGUGGAACACCCUGGGUCAAAAGUGGACGGGUGGGGCGCGUGGUGGACCCCGGGGACUGACCUGUCCGGUCGGGGUGGGGUUAGGCUGGUGGUUACGAUGGAAGAUGGGCAGGUUAUCACUCAGGACGGGUACCCGAUGCCCGAUUUCAGGUUAUGGAAGACCGGGGAUCUGAUCAGUCUCAAGUGGCACGCGGCGUAAAGCUCUCGAGUCUGGGAAGAAUUUCGCGGACAACGAAACGGUUGAAACUGACAUCUUUUGGCCCGCGCGAGACUCAAAAAAGAUGAGUGAGAUAGGUAGGUCGAACACAGCCCCUUUGGUGGAGACUGUGCAGGAUAAGAGGGGCUGACAAGCGGAAGUUGAAGAUAUUUUCUACGGGCCCCGUUUUUGUAGUUGCUUUAGAAGGCGUCAUGAUUGCUCGCGCAAUUUGCCAUUCGUACAGGAGUACAGUACUAGGGGCUCGCACCGCGUUCUACUUUGGCGGCUUCGAAGAACAGAACUGCUUUCAUUUACCGUUAGCAGUACAGCUCGAAAAUUGGACGGGGGGCAAAACAAGUCGCCAAUCGUCGGCACUUAAACCAGUAGUGGCAUUGCUUUUGCCGUAAGUUAUAGUCAGUCUCUCGUCCCGCAGUCGCGGAACGUCAGCUCAGAUUGUGCGCCCAUUGUGCGCAACUUGCAGACUGCAUCAGAUGCUACGAACGACAGUAGGGCCGCCAGUAGGAUUGGCCCAACAGUUUUCGGCGUUAAAUCACACGUCGUCAGUCGGUUCCUUUAAGCUAGGCGGAAAUAUACGAAGCCGAGCAGCUAAGCCUGCCCGUCCAGACAAAGAACGUCAGGAUAGGCUGGGGCACUUGUCAAGCAGUAACGAGAACAUUCUUUGGUGCUUCGGGCUAGCUUCGUACGGGUAGAGACCGGACGGAAAGGGAAUAAUAAUUCCACGGUUACCAGAUUACAAGUUUUCUCCUGUGGCGUGAUAAACAACAAGACUCGACAACUCGUUCAAACGAGUUCACAUCCGG